AUGCUGAUGGACCCUUUGAAUCACAAUUCUUCUUCUUCUCCCCACCAUCAUCAAGAAGAAGAGAGCACCUCCUCAGAUCUUCAGUUUCACCCCAUUACUGCUUCUUCCAAUUCAAUCCACAUGCGCCAAUUGCUCAUCCGUUGCGCCCAUUUCAUUUCUCAAUCUGAUUUUCUCUCCGCCAGCCGCCUACUCUCUCUUCUCUCCUCGAACUCGACGCCUUACGGCGACGCGACGGAGAGAUUGGUUCACCAUUUCUCCGCCGCGCUCUUCCGCCGUCUUCCUUCCUCUUCCUCUUCUUCUCUUCCUCUGGCACCGACUUCAAAAGAUGACGGUGUCGGGGUCGAGGCUUGCUAUCUGUCGUUGAACCAGAUUACGCCGUUUAUUAGGUUCAGUCACCUGACCGCGAACCAGGCGAUUUUGGAGGCUGUGGAGGGAGGGGGGCAGAGUAGUAGUAAGAAGCAAGGGAUUGUUCAUGUGGUGGAUUUUGAUAUAAUGCAUGGGGUUCAAUGGCCGCCGCUGAUGCAGGCGUUGGCGGAGCGGUUUCCGACGCCGAUGCUUCGGAUAACCGCCACGGGCCGAGAUCUUAACUCUCUUCAUAAGACCGGCGAUAGGCUCUCCAAGUUUGCUCAGUCUCUUGGCCUCAGGUUUCAGUUUCAUCCUCUUCUCCUUCUUAAUGACCACGAUCACCACCGCCUCAUCCCGGCCGCCCUCACGCUCUUCCCCGACGAAACUCUCGCGGUCAACUGCGUCCUCUACUUACACAGGCUUUCGAAGGACGAUCUCCGGUUGUUGCUUCAUAAAAUCAAGGCAUUGAAUCCAAAAGUGGUGACCAUAGCUGAAAAAGAAGCAAAUUUCAACCACCCUUUAUUCAUGCAGAGAUUUCUUGAGGCAUUGAAUCACUACUCUCUGAUAUUCGAUUCAUUGGAAGCGACUCUGCCGCCGAACAGCCGCGAGCGGCUGGCGGUGGAGCAGGUGUGGUUCGGGCGAGAGAUUGAUGACGUCGUUUCGGGGGAAGGGACCAAGAGAAGGCAGCGCCAUGAGAGGUACGAAUCAUGGGAGAUAAUGCUUAGAAGUUUGGGGUUUUCAAACAUUCCUUUGAGCCCUUUUGCCCUCUCGCAAGCCAAACUUCUCCUCAGGCUUCAUUACCCUUCUGAAGGCUACCAUCUCCAAAUUCUUCAUGAUUCUCUUUUUCUUGGUUGGCAAAAUCGCCCCCUUUUUUCUGUCUCUUCAUGGCAUUGA